AUGUUAGUUUUUUUGUAUAAUAUUAGCUUCCAAAAAAUGUUUAUUAAGAAUCAACUAUACCCACUUCCAUGGGAUGAACCGAAAAAGAAAAUCCGAAUAAAAACUUCGAAAUAUUUUCAUGAAAAAGACCAACUAUGAGGAUCUUUGGAACAUACAUCACCAAAAAUGUGAAAGUUUUAUUUGAAGCAAAAUUCUCCACAGAACAUUGCAGAACCAAAAAGGCCAAAUACAGCAUCUUUUAUUCCACAAAAAUCGUUAUCAGGUGAUGAUUUAUUUCAAAAAAUAAAAGAAAAAGAGACUUCUUUAUCUUCUAAAAGGACAUGUUCUACUUCUCAAACACCAAAAAGCAGUUAUCUUGCAAAUGGAAAAGCAUUGACUUACAAAAAUCCGAAUUCUAAAGUUUUGCAUAAGAACUUGCAAGCUUUUGACCAAUACAACGAUUUACCAUCAAAUAAGCUAAAAAUACUUUUAGAUCCACGAAUAGUUAAAUUAGACGAAAAAGGAGUUAGAUCAAUUCAGAAAAAAUUAGAAGAAGAACAAAAAGAAGAAGAAAAAAAAGAAAACUGGAUCAAAGAAAACAGAUACAAAACCAUAGCUACUUUUUUAAAAAAACAGCAGUAUUCUAAAGAUCUCCAAGAAAGAUCAGGCUUACGAUACAUAAGAUGUGGCCCAGAAAAAUGCUCACCUACUAUAACAGACAGACUAGCUAUCCUUUCAACCCCAAAAUCUAAAAAACAAAUAAAACCUGAAGAUCUACUUGACGCUCGAGGGUUACUUACAAUAGACUACGAAGACGCCAUCCGGGAGGUUUCAGGGUUUCCAAGAGCCUCAAAAACUUCCCAAUUAGCUCUCCGAAAAUCAGAAAUUUUCCCAAUCCCUCUCUCUUUACAACAAACUGACAGAAUCUCCAGCAAAACCCCAAAAUCAAAAUCCACAACCCGCUCGUUUUCUGUGCAUUCUAAAAAAUGUGCCUUAUCUCAAACAGAAAUCAAAGAAGGCUUAAAAGACAUCAACGACUUCCACAAAAAAUUCGGCGAACUCAAAGGACGUGUCGGAUUUCCACAAAUCGACCUAGAAAAAUAUAAAUCGUGUAAUAAUCCCUAA